AGCUUACGGUUGCUGUCCUGUCUCAUUACCCCUGCGGACUCAUACUGCGUGCUGAACACGCCUUCGCCCUUCAUCUCAUUUCUGACCGUGCUUUCAUUCUUACUAGACUUUGUAACCCUAAUGUCGUUUCUUCUCUAAUUUCUUUCUUCUACUACCCGUUCCAUACUACUCCAAUACCAUAACCCUCCCUUACCAUGUCCAAUGACAUACAGAAGGCCGACCAGAUAGCACACAGAUUCUACACAAAGCUUUGUCUCGUCGUCUCAAAUGCUAGGGCCACUUCUGAGCUAAAGUCUCAGUCAAAGGUCGACAAAUGGUUUAACCUUGAAACACCAGACUCUGACCUCUUCAAGGACCAUCUGCGUACAUACAAGGCAGUAUCUACUGCACCUGCGCCACCUCAGUUUGAACUCCAGGUCCUGCUUUCCGUUCCAGACCUCGUCACUAAUCAAGUCUUGGUCCACCUUGCACAUGAUUCCUCUCGCUCGCGCGUCGACCCCACUCCAAAGCACAUCGUACUCGAGAAUUGGUUGCUCAAUUUUACUCCUAGCUUUUCAGAAGCUCCUGGUGACAGUGACGCCGACAGUGUAGCGCCAUCUACCAUUUACAAACAUGGAAUACCUCUCUUCCGUAGUAUCUACAGUCUACUUCGUAUUCUUCCCUCCUGGAAGCUUUACAAGAAGCUUAGGAGGCGCACAAGCAAUGCAUACCGGAACGGUAACCUAAGUAUCCAUCUGCGCGUCAAGGGCCUCGACGACGGCGUUAGCGCGACUGACAUCCUCGAUUUCGACACGCCCCCUGCACCCAAUGCUACCCCUCUACAGCACCAAACACAUCUCUUCCCUGCUAUUCCACACCCCACGGGUACACUCUCCCUUUCUAUCAAUUACCUCUCUUCUCCCAACUUCCAGCUCGACGAACUCGAGUCUCUCCUCUCCUCCCGUUUCCUCUCUCUUGAUGAAGGGCCGGAGUUUACCCCUACCCUUGCGAAGAACCAGCAGCGUGAUUCCUUAACCGGUCUUCCAGGAAGUCUAUCAAUGCGCCCAUCUCUGCCAAAGUCACCGCCGUCGUCCUCGAUCGCAGAUCGUUUUGUUCUCCCCGCCGCAAAUUCUCACUCACGUACAAACUCCAUGCCAGCCAGCCAGAGCCCACGCUUGGGUGGUUUCCCCAUGAGUCGUACCUCCACUGGUGCCGGGAUCACUGCAGGAUCCACGUCUGCCCUCUCGAUCGCCUCCUCACGUCAAGACUCGAGUACCGCUUGGUCCAAGGAAGAAACGGGUCACUUUUCGGGUGUUUCCGCUGCUGCACGCGUGAGAUUGGAGAGUAUGGGAGGGAGGAGUAGUAGUGCUGACCUUCCCUCUGCCCCGGGGCCACUUGCGAUUCGAAGACCGGGUAUCAACCCGGUCCAUCCAUUCAAGACAUCCACGCUGUCGUCUGGCUCUCCGUCCCUCCACUCACCUUCGCCUUCUCUACGUCAACCGUCGCCACUCGCCGCAGGCAAUCCAUCACUGCCUGCUCGCCCUGUCCCAACGUCGCCGAACUCCUCUCGUGUUCCCCACUCCUCGAUUGGAUUUGGCAGGCAAUCACCCAGUAGCAUCGGAGGCCGGUCAGAAGGCGACGACACAUCUCCGAAGAUUCCAGCCAGGAAACGUUAUUCCAGCAGUUUUGGACAUCGCUACGCUGCAGCAGGAGGUGGGGGGAGUGUCGGAAGUACAGGAAGCGGGGAACGAGCAGAGAGCACCUCCUUCCUUGGUGUACCCACUGAUGAUGAUGAGAUAUCCAUCUUUGUCAAGGAUAUUGAUGCGCGGAAGCCACUUAACAUCCAACGCCAACCUUUGCCCGCGUCUGCGCAGGGCCCACCCACUACGCCCUCGCAUACUAAAUCCGACUCCACGGGUUCCGCGGGUCCGAUGUUGACGCAACAAUCAGAAGUCGACGAACGUUUGCGUCACAUGAACGAAAUGUUCCUUGCGAGCUUGGAGGGACUUGGUGGCAGUGGCGGCCGGAGACGAGGCAGUAUGGGUGGAGAUUCAGCGGGCGGUAGCCCUAUUUCGAGUUCGAGUGGACAUGGAGAAGGAGAGACCAGAGGUAUGAGACGUGCAGAGGGUGUGGGGACCCGGCGGGAUACAUCAAUGCCGAGACUUGGCUCCUUACGCAGCAUGAGUGCCAACGACAUAGCUUCGAGUGGCGGGUCUGCAGAAGUGAUGGGGAAGUUGGAGCUCGAUGAGGAGCCGAGGGCGCGAAGAGUGGGCCCUCGCUGACGCAUGUAUGUGAUGUGAUCUCUUGGUCAUAUGACUGACUUGCGGGGGUGGGGUGGGGUCGGCUUUGCGUUUUCUGUUUUCUGCAAGCCGUGUGGAUCAGAAGAGUUACCGGGCGAGUCUGCUGAUUUUUUUCAUGGCAUCGUCCUCGUUGUUAUAUUAUCUUCACGCAUUUUUUUAGCCAUUUGCUUCAUUAGCUAUCGUUCAUGCAUACCCGAACUCUCGUCUUUAUCAUAUGCAUAAGUUCUAUACGCAAGGUUGACUGGAUCCACGAAUGACAUGUAUUCAUGACUUGGU